AUGAGUAUUGGACAACUUACCGUUACAGUCGUUGAAGCUGAAGGACUUCAUGAUGAAGAUACUGUUGGUAAAAAUGAUGCUUAUGUAGAAUUAUAUCUUGAUAAAGAUUAUAAACAGCGAACCUCAACGAAAAGUAAUUCUAAUUCGCCAGUAUGGGACGAAACACUUAUAUUUAAUGUACAAGAAGGUCAACAUACACUCCAUUUGCAUGUCUAUGAUGAGGAUAUUGGUGAUCGAGACUCAGUUGGCUCAGUUAAAAUUGAUUUGAGACCGGUUAUGGAAGGAGCAGCGUUUGAUCAAUGGGUGAAGCUUCCAGCACAUUUUGGAUUAGGCUCACAUGGUAAAGUGCACGUGAAGAUGACUUAUACAGUAAUAUGGGAAUGA